AUGGCGCCGGCUAACACCCUUCCCGCCUGGUCGGAGCUCAAUGCUCACCGCGACACCAUCAGCAAGUCCUUUGUCCUCAAGGAGGCCUUUGCCUCAGACCCCGAACGUUUCAACCGCUUCACUCGCACAUUCAAGGCCCCCGGCACUUCGGCCGAUAUUCUCUUUGACUUUUCCAAGAACUUUUUGACCGAUGAGACCCUCGACCUCCUCGUCAAGCUUGCCGAGCAGGCCGGCGUCGAGCGCAAGCGCGAUGCCCUCUUCCGUGGCGACAAGGUCAACUUUACCGAGAACCGCGCCGUCUUUCACCCCGCCCUGCGCAAUGUUAGCGGAUGGGAGAUGAAGGUUGACGGCCAGGACGUCAUGGAUGUGCCCGGUGGCGUCAACGACGUCCUGAAGCACAUGAAGGAGUUUUCCGAGCGGAUUCGCAGCGGUGAAUGGACCGGCUUCACUGGAAAGAAGCUGACUACUAUUGUCAACAUUGGCAUUGGUGGUUCCGACCUUGGCCCUGUCAUGGUGACUGAGGCGCUCAAGCACUACGGCGCCAAGGACAUGACCCUUCACUUCGUCUCCAACAUUGACGGCACCCACAUCACUGAAGCCCUCGCCAAUUCGGACCCCGAGACGACCCUGUUUCUCAUUGCCUCAAAGACCUUUACCACUGCUGAGACGACUACCAAUGCCAACACGGCCAAGACGUGGUUCCUCGAAAAGACUGACAACAAGGGCGAGAUUGCCAAACACUUUGUCGCUCUGUCGACCAACGAGGCCGAGGUUACCAAGUUCGGUAUUGAUAGCAAGAACAUGUUUGGCUUUGAGAGCUGGGUCGGCGGCCGCUACUCAGUCUGGAGCGCCAUUGGCCUGAGCGUUGCUCUGUUCAUUGGCUACGACAACUUCCACAAGUUCCUCAGCGGCGCCCAUGCCAUGGAUAAGCACUUCAAGGAGACUCCUCUCAAGGAGAACAUUCCCCUUCUUGGUGGUCUCCUGAGUGUCUGGUACUCCGACUUCUUCCAGGCUCAGACUCAUCUCGUUGCUCCUUUUGACCAGUAUUUGCACCGCUUCCCCGCCUACCUCCAGCAGCUCUCCAUGGAGUCCAACGGUAAAUCCAUCUCUUCUGAUGGCUCCGCUGUCAAGUAUACUACUGGCCCCAUUGUGUUUGGUGAACCUUGCACCAACGCGCAGCACUCGUUCUUCCAGCUUGUUCACCAAGGUACCAAGCUGAUUCCUACCGACUUCAUCCUGGCUGCUCAGUCACACAACCCUGUCUCGCAUAACUUGCACCAGAAGAUGCUCGCCUCCAACUACCUUGCCCAGGCUGAGGCCUUGAUGGUCGGCAAGACGGAAGAAGAGGUUCAGGCUGAGGGUACUACCGGCGACCUCGUUCCUCACAAGCGCUUCUUGGGCAACCGCCCUACCACUUCCAUCUUGGUUGGUGGUAGCAUCGGACCCGGCGAGCUGGGUGCUCUGAUUGUCUACUACGAGCACCUGACGUUUACUGAGGGUGCCAUCUGGGACAUCAACAGCUUUGACCAGUGGGGUGUCGAGCUGGGCAAGUCUCUGGCCAAGAAGAUUCUCAAGGAGAUUGAUGAGUCUGGAAACGGCCAGGGCCACGAUACCUCGACUGGCGGUCUGCUGAGCGCUUUCAAGAAGUACUCCAAGAUUUAA